AUGGCCCUCCUACCUCUACCCCUCCCUGAAGGCAUAACAAGCCGCAAUAUCCAAACCAACGAUCUAAAUAUCCACAUCCUAGAAGCCGGCCAAACCCCAGACAACAAUAAACCACUAAUCGUCCUCCUCCAUGGUUUCCCAGAAAUUGCCUACUCAUGGCGUCGUGUGCUCCCCAAACUAGCAGCAGCAGGCUUCUACGCCGUAGCCCCAGACCAGCGCGGCUUUGGCCGCACCACAGGCUGGGACACACGCAGCUAUGAGGACGUCGACCUGACAACAUUCUCGUUGUCAAGCUUAGUGCGUGAUAUUGUGCUCCUCGUGCACGCGCUAGGCUACCGCUCCGUGCGCUGCGUCGCCGGCCACGACUGCGGCGCUGUAUCGGCAGCCAUGUGCGCCCUAAUGCGGCCAGAUUUCUUUCAGAGCGUUGUGCUCAUGAGCCAUCCGUUUAGUGGUGCCCCGGAUUUACCGUUCAACACGGCGAAUGCGGAUGCCACGGCUGGGUCUGAUACGGUGGCCGCAGGUGGGGCGGGUGGUGCCGAGGGGUCGGCUGCUGCGGGGAUUCAUGACACGCUUGCGGAGCUCGGCCGUAAACAUUAUAAGUGGUAUUAUUCGACUAAGCAGGCUGGGCCUGAAAUGUCAGACCUGGGGCCUGACGAGAUGCAUCGCUUCUUGAGGGGAUACUUUCAUCUAAAAAGUGGUUCGUGGCCGGGGAAUCGGCCGCAUCCGCUGGAGAAGUGGUCUGCCUCCGACCUGAUUGAGCUACCUGGGUAUUAUAUUAUGCCGUUGAAUGAGACGAUGCCUGCGACUGUGGCGCGCGAUAUGUCGCAUGAGCCGUCCGAUGGUCUGGCCUCGCACUCGUGGCUGCCGGAUGAGGAGCUCGCUGUUUAUGCGGGUGAGUAUGGUCGCACGGGCUUCCAGGGUGGACUGAACUGGUAUCGUGUUCGCACCGCUGCUGGGGGCCGGUACACAAAGGACUUUGAUGUCUUUGCUGGAAAGAAGCUCGAGCCGCCUUGUGCUUUUGUCUCGGGCAAGCUAGACUGGGGUAACUAUCAGGAGCCUGGUGCUAUCGAGAAGAUGAAGAACGGGAUUUCGUGUGCUGACCUGCGUAUAUUUCGGUUUGUGGAUGGAGUUGGGCAUUGGACACCCCAGGAAAGUCCGGAAGAGGUGACACGAGCGAUUUUGGAUCUGAUCGGAGGUCUGCGUGACUAG